CUAGGUGUCACGGUAGGGCUUACCGACCAGGCGGCUGGCGGGGGGUGUUUGUCUCCCUCUAUCGUUAUCCAAAACGCACUAAAUCUGUCUAUAAACUAUAACUCCAUGUCUCGGUUGAGCGGUUUGGGGCUUUGGACCUGAUAUUUCGGGAUCUACUCGCGCCUCCCGAGUUGACUAACACGAGUUGAUGUUUGACUAGUUUGUAUCUUAAACGAUGCACGAUUUCUUUCGACUAUAAACUGCCGUCGAGAUGUUAAAAAGUAAUUUAAACGUUCUCGUUGUCGAACGAGUGACUCCAAAGUAUCGAUCGAUUGAUUGAUUGAUCGAGUGGUAUCGUUGUCUAAUCAACACAGGAAGACGUAACGUUAAACCGUCACUUUUCAAAAGUUCAAUGGAGCCUCACUGUUGUGAAACUACACAUGAUCUCAGACGGUUUGCUUCUUCACGAUACUUUGAUCACCUAAGUUAACUUUGGCUGACUCGUACUCCGCCAGGGUGUUACCUGCCCUGUUUCCAUGGAGGAAGAGGUUGUUUCCAUGGAGACCACUCAGGAUGAUGCCCUCACUCCUGAUGGAAAGGUCCUGCCAGAAGGCGGAGAUGCUUUGAUACAAGGAGCGGUUCUUGCUUCACAGGUGGCUGAUAACAUGGAGAUGAUUGUGAUGGACGCUCUUGAUCCAACUCUGCUGCAAAUGAAGACUGAGGUGCUGGAGGGCGGCGGUACAGUGACAGUUACUGGUGGUGAUGAGGGACAGAUCAUCACGCUCCAGGUUGUGAAUAUGGAGGAGCAGGCAGGCGCUGCAUUGGGUCUUGGGCAGCUUCAGCUGGUGCAGGUACCUGUCACAACAGCAACUGUUGAGGGGCUCCAGGCCACCUAUGUUAAUGUCUCAGGAGCUAACAAGGACGCAGAGCCUGUUAUCUGUCACACUCUUCCCUUGCCUGAGGGCUUCCAGGUGGUAAAAGUGGGUGCCAAUGGGGAGGUGGAGACUGUAGAGCAAGAGGAGCUGCACUCUGUCCACGAGGAGCUUCUAGAGGUGAGAGAGGAGGCGGAAGAGCCAGCAGAAAUAGAAACCUCUGUGCCUCUAGAUGACCCAGAAUGGACCAAGGACCCAGACUACCAGCCCAUCUCCGGGCUACGAAAUAAAGGGAAGAAACCAAAGAAGAGCCGCCUGCGCUAUGGAGAGGGCAAUCGUGACAUGGAUGUUUCUGUGUACGACUUUGAAGAAGAGCAGCAAGAGGGGCUGCUGUCAGAAGUGAAUGCUGAGAAGGUUGUGGGCAACAUGAAGCCACCAAAGCCUACAAAGAUCAAGAAAAAAGGUGUAAAGAAGACUUUCCAGUGUGAGUUGUGUAGCUACACCUGUCCGAGGCGCUCCAACCUGGACAGACAUAUGAAGAGCCACACCGACGAGAGACCACAUAAAUGUCACUUGUGUGGACGGGCAUUUCGAACUGUCACACUACUGAGAAACCACCUCAAUACACACACGGGCACUCGGCCACAUAAGUGCACAGAUUGUGACAUGGCAUUUGUCACCAGUGGUGAGUUGGUGCGUCAUCGUCGCUACAAACACACGCACGAGAAACCCUUCAAGUGCUCCAUGUGUGACUAUUGCAGUGUGGAGGUGAGUAAGUUGAAGAGGCACAUUCGCUCUCACACUGGGGAGCGACCCUUCCAGUGCAGUCUGUGCAGCUAUGCUAGCAGAGACACUUACAAGCUGAAGAGACACAUGAGGACACAUUCAGGUGAAAAGCCGUACGAGUGCUACAUCUGCCAUGCCCGUUUCACACAGAGUGGCACCAUGAAGAUGCAUAUUCUGCAGAAGCACACAGAGAACGUGGCUAAGUUCCACUGCCCACACUGUGAUACUGUCAUAGCACGCAAGAGUGACCUUGGUGUUCACUUGCGGAAGCAGCACUCAUUUCUUGAGAAGGGAAAGAAAUGUCGUUACUGUGAUGCUGUGUUUCAUGAGCGUUAUGCUCUCAUCCAACACCAGAAGACUCACAAGAAUGAGAAGCGCUUCAAGUGUGAACAGUGUGACUACUGCUGCAGACAGGAACGCCACAUGGUAAUGCACAAGCGUACACACACUGGGGAGAAGCCGUUUGCCUGCAGCCAGUGUGAGAAAACAUUUCGGCAGAAGCAGCUUCUGGACAUGCACUUCAGGCGCUACCAUGAUCCCAACUUUGUGCCCACGGCCUUCGUCUGCAGCAAGUGCAACAAGACAUUCACCCGCAGGAACACCAUGCUGCGUCACACUGAUAACUGCACGGGUGAAAUUGAAGAAGACGAAAAUGGAACUCCUGCACCCAAAAAGGCUCGUCGUGGCAGGAAGAGGAAGAUGCAGGCCAGGAGGGACGAGGGUGACACAGAAGAUGAACUGGAUGAGGAAGAGGAGCUAAGCGAGCUUGAAGUGGAACAAGACCCACCAGUCGUCCCUGUCCCGACCCCUGUGGAGCCACCGGUCAAGAGGAAACGUGGACGGCCACCAAAGAACAAGCCAGACCCGGCUGCCAUCAUUCGCGUGGAGGAUGAGGUCACAGGAGAGGUGGCUGACAUAAUUGUGAAGAAGGAGGUUGAUCAAGAUGACCAGGAGGAGGUGAACGAUGAGAGCGUAGAGGAGGUGGUGGUCGGUGGAGGGAAGUCGACCAUUCAGCUGGAGGACUUGCCCCAGGUAGAGGGGACGGUACCAGCGUUGCAGCUGUCUGAGGCCCCACCGAACGGAGACCUCACUCCGGAGAUGAUCCUCAGCAUGAUGGACCGGUGAUGGAUGUGAAAGUCAAACAUGUAAACACGCAUAAUUCCAUGAUCACAUCUUCAUUUUUCAUUCUCGUCAUUUAGGAUUACAUACACUUGCAUCCUGCACAUCACUGUUGUAAUUUAAGAUGUGCUUUGUCAUCUAUUGAUGAGUUGGAUUAAUAUGGAUUUACUUCCAAAAACUGCAUUUCAGUACAUUUGAGUUUAGGGUGGCUGUAAUUGACAGCAGUACCUUUAGCCUAAUAGCUGUUAUGUGGUAGAAAACUCAAGCUACAUUACAAGAUAUCUUCUGACUGCGUUCUACAUUCUAGUCUUUUAAAAUUAUAUAUAUAUAAUUUUUUUGGGGACUUUAUAGACAGACUCUUCCUUAACUCUAUACUGGGUGCAUGUCAUUUUUAUAAAAUAUCUGGGUGAAACUUGUUUUUUUAUGUUUUACUUGUUUAUACACCUGUGAGUAAAAGUUGUAGGUAGCAGUCACACCCAUAAUGUGGACUUUACUUUUUUUGCCGUAACUCCAGGCAAUAUUCAAUAUCCUCACUGAAGAGCUCUGUGCACCUCUCAGUUUGGACAGAAAACUACUCUCCGAAAAUAAGAUGAGAUAAAAGAGAAACUGGACUUUUGGGUUUGACGUUUUGGAGAAAAGUACACUCAGCUCCAAGUUUUAAAGUCCCUGACAACAUAAUACAAACAAAAGAUUGUAGAAACGGAGGCAACUUUCAGGAAGAUGAUACUGCUGUUUAUCACGGCCACUUUCAAGAUGAGGUUUAUUUCUUUUGGCUUUUUCUGUCUUAUAGUAUUUCCUCUUUUUUUUUUUUUUUUUUUUAAAGACAAUUCUAGUUUUUAAAAGCUUAAUAGCCUGCUUAUCUUAUGAUCCUUUCUUGCUACUGUAACACCCUUAGAUGACUUGUAUUACUAAACUUGUCUCUGAUCAGUGCAAGGAAUGAACAUUGUUUUGCUCCCUUUUGUAGCCAUUCCACUUUGGGUUGAUGUUUUUUCUUUUGUACUAUUGGCAAUGCGACGUAGCAGCUUGAAUGACAUUUUAAUAACUGUGGCAGAUGAGAACGGAUGUAUGCCUGUACAACCAAUUUUUAAAGAAAAGUAGAUGUUGAUGCUUCUGCAGCUGUAAUGACUUCAAUCAUGGAUAUUUAAAAUCAGUCUUGUUUUGAAGAAGUUGAGUUUGAAGUACAGUUAAAGCCCCAUAAAAUUAUGGCUGGAACAUUGUUUAUCAAAAUAUGCAGAGAGACAACGGAGUGCUAACAGAAAUGUCUGUAUUUUGCUUGCAGAUCUAUUUUAUUAAAUGGACUACUUGAUAUCAA